AUAGGCGUAUUUGUUAUUCUUUCAACAAAAUUGUCAGUUCAAAUAUCAAAAUUCUAGUACAUGGACUGAACAUGAGAUCUCAAUAUUGUACCACCUGUUUGAAUCCUAUAGAAGAACCAACAAAAUUAUGUAAUCAAAAUCCUGAUGACGGGAUUUGCUACAAAUCCAACAGUGUAUAUUCAUCUGCAGGAUAUUGUCCUUUGUGUUACAAGAAUAUCUAUUCUACUUCGUGUGCAUAUUCAAAAAAUUAUUGCCAUUCUAGUACCGAUCAAGAGUAUUGCGAUAAAAGCAUUUCCGUAAUUCAGUCGAAAGCCACUGUUGUAGACGCUUCAACGAAUUUUUCGUCAGAAGAUUGUCUUAGCAGUGAUACAGAUAAUGAUCCACAUUGUGGUGACCAGAGCGGUUUAUCAAGAGUAAGAAAUAAAAAAGGGAGAAAUAAUUUCGAGUCUAAUCGAAGAAAAAUAUCCAGAAGCAAAUUCAAAUCAUUUAUAAAUCGAUCUUCUGAUAAAUUCGAGGAUUUAAAUGAAAUCGCAGACGAACCUGAAGUGCCACCGUCCCGUUCAUCAGGUUCGACGAGAUCAGCAUUGUCCGUUAGGUCAUUAUCUUUCGUUACGCUGUCACGAAAACGCAGAUGUCCAUAUUGUAAAAGUCUUAAGCCAGAUAAUGACGAUAAAAGUUGUAAUACUGACAGGAAGAGAAAAAACUUUUUCUUUUUUCGUAGAAAGUGAGACAUAGACUUCUAUGAAAAUUGUUUUUACUUUUAAAAAGGAAUAGAAUGUGUAGUUGUAUAAAUUUUUUCAUUAAUCAUAGCAGAAUGUCAAUCAAUCUUGCGUGAUAAUAAUUAUUCAAUUAUAUUUAAUUAAAAUAA